AUGGCGUACGAAAACUUCUUAUUUUUCAUCGCUCUUGCGGGCGUGCUAUUGAUUUCCUGGCUGGGCCGGUGGAUCUCAUCGCGAAGUAAGUUUGCUGGACUUCCACGAGUCGGGAUUGACCCAGGCUUCUUGGGACUUCGGACUCGAGCCGCCAAAGAUGAGUUCUUCGCGAAAGGGCAACAGCUAUUGGAGCAUGGCUAUGCAAAGAACAAGGACACACCCUACGUGAUCCACACAUGCGACAACGAGCGACUGGUCAUUCCCGAUAGAUUCAUCGAGGAGCUGAAAAACCUACCAGAGACUCAACUUAGCUUCAAAGAAGAGCUUCUGGAUCGGUUCAUGGGAAAAUAUACGAAACUGGACGCUGUUCGUGGAACGAACAUACACCGCGACAUUGUCCGGUUUCAAUUGACCAAGAGUCUGGGGAAUUUGUUACCGCAUAUGAAAGAGGAGGCAGAACUCUCAUUAAAGAAUGGCCUCAAUAAUUGUGGCUUCGAAGAUUUCACCCCAAUCAAGGCCUCUUCACUUCUUCUCGCAGCAAUUGGCCAGAUCACCUCCCGUCGAGUGAUCGACGAUCCUCUCAUCUGCCGCGACCCAAUAUGGCUCAAGACCAUCAUAGGCUUCACCGCUUCCGUGGCCACGUUCUGCAUAACAAUGAGGAAUAUCUCGCCUACUCUGCGUCCCAUCGCUAGGUACACGUUACCAUGUGGCAGGAAGCUGCGCUCUGACAUCGCAGAAGUAACCAAAUUUCUGACUCCUGUCAUUGUAAGCCGUCAGCGACAAAAUAUGGACGAUAAGUCUGCAGUGCGCGAAAACGAACAACCGCAGGACUUUGUGCAAUGGCUCUCUGAAUCUACCAACGGGAAAGGUGAUGACCCAGAGGCAAUCAUCAUGAAGAUUCUUUUUCUGAUUGUUGCCGCAAUCUACACAAGUGCAAUCACAGCUAUACACGCUCUCUAUGAUCUUUGCGCCCACCCAAAUUUGGUGGAGGAGUUGCGUGAAGAGGCAAUCAAAGAGCUUGGUGCCAAUGGCUGGACCCAAGCCUCAUUGCUAAAACUGGGUAAGAUGGAGAGCUUCCUCAAAGAGAGCGGCCGCACGAACUCUGCCGGAAUCGUUUCCUUCCAGCGUUUAGUGCUAUCUCCAAUCCCACUCUCAAACGGCUUUAUCAUUCCAAAAGGGACGCACAUUUGCGCAGCCUCCGACGCCCGUUCCCGUGAUCCCUCGUUCUACGUAUCACCAUUGGAGUUCCGGCCGAUGCGCUUCUAUUCUUCUCCUACUACAAAAAUUGAAAGCUUUGGCGAAGUACACGCCACCAAUCUCUUUACUUCCGUCGCUGCGGGUGACUCCUGGUUCGGGAGUGGCCGACAGGCGUGCCCAGGGCGAUGGUAUGCCAGUGCACAGAUCAAGCUGGUGCUUUGUCUAUUGUUGACUGAGUACGAUUUCAAAUUUCCAAACGGGCAAACUGAAAGGCCGAAGAACUGGGUAAAAGAUGAGAAGACUGGCCCUAACAUGGAGCAAAUGAUCUUAUUUAGACGGCGAAAGGCUGAGAGUGGGAAUGUAGUCUGA